AUGGCAUCCCAGCCACCGAACAAAGCCAAAGGUUCCUCACGAUGGGGCUCGUUGCUCUCCGGAGCCGUCGCCGGACUGGAGUCGCGACUGGACACGAUCCUAGCUGAGGACAACGAAGCAUCCGCUCGCAGUAGAGCCCAGGAUAAAGCUGCCGUUCAGGAGAAGCCCCAACCCGAGAAGACCGCUGCUCUUGCCAUUCCAAGGUCCUCGUCAGAUGCUUCGCGCAGCCCGUCACGCUCCCGCUUGAACGAUCGAUUGCAAGAAAGAUUGGCCAAGGCUGUCGCCAGCCAGAAUCCCUCUCGCUCCUCAACUCCUUUGAAUCAGCCUGCCAGUCCGCGCUCUAGUCUUGGCUCGAGGCAAUCAAACGACACACCACGACAACUUUCAGAAUCGAAAGAUGAAUCCGCGUCCACGUCAACUCCUGAUGUUAAUGUCCCCGAGGUCCCAACUCCAGUCGAGAACAGUGCAGUCGAUCCCGUCCUUGAGACACCUAUCGUCAAGGCUCCGCCAGAACUCAUUAUUACUGAAGCUCCUUCGACCCUCUUGACUUCUGGUCUACCAAUCAAUCCUGCCCGCAUCUCCAAUGACAGCCAGACCAGGCCUUCCAUCGACCUUGAUCAUGACUCCACCACCGGGGAGCCUGUCGCUGAGCCCGAGCCGCAGCCUGAAGAACCCAUCGUGGAAACAGAAGAGCCGGUAGCCAGAGAUGUCUCUGAGCUGGAAGCUGAACUUACACAGUUGCGACAGGAGAAUGCUGAAGCAGAAAAGCAACGGCAGGAAGAGAUGCUCGCCAACCUAGAACGUAUUGAUGCUCUACAGGCCAAGCUACAGUACCUUGCGAAGGAGACUGUCGCAGCCGCAAAGGAAGCCAACUCGGGAACACCUCAAGAGCGGAAACUCGCUGAAAAGGAUGAGCGUAUUGCUCUUCUCAUGCAAGAGGGUGAGAAGCUGAGUAAGGUCGAGAUGCGACAAGGAGCCGUUAUCAAGAAGUUACGCGUCAAGACACAACAAGAUGAGAAGGCUACGGCCGAGCUUCGGGAUCGCCUUUCAAAACUUGAGGAUUCUGAAUCGGACCUGAAGCAGAAGUUGAGACGGGCUGAACAGGCAGAAAAGCAGAGUGCCGAACGACUGAAACGCUUCUCAAAUCUUGAAAAAGACCUCGAGAACCGCAAGUCGGAACUCGCAAGUAGCACGGCGACAAUCGCCAGUCUGCGAAAUCAACUGGCCGAAGCGGAGAAAAGAGCUGAAGAGGCCGAGUCCAGAGCGACGGAAGUCGUCGUGCAAGCGGAUACCAACAAGCUAUCCGCCAUCCAAGAAGAACUUGAGGAUGCAAAACUAGAAAAGAAGCUCGCCGACGAUAAGUGGAGUUCGGAGAUUAGGCGAUUGAACGAAGAAAGCCAGCGUCAAAAGCAGCAGGCGAGCUUCCGUGAAUCAGAACUCACAAAUGAGAUCUCGAAUUAUGAGAGUCGUCUCGAAGCACUUCGUGUUCGCGCUGAGGAGGCAUCUUCAGACGUUGGAGGUGAUUCACAAGCCAAACUUCUUCGCCAGAUUGAAACAUUGCAGACUCAAUAUUCUCUGGCUGCUGAGAACUGGCGGAGUAUCGAAACUUCCCUGAACGGACGCAUCGCUGCGAUCGAGAAGGAGAGGGAUGAAGCCACUAAGCGUGAAGCCGAUGUUCGCAAGAAGGCUCGCGACAUCAGCAGCAAAUCCAAGCGCACAGAAGAGCGACUUGAAGAACUGACCGAGGAAUCUCAACUGGUGACCUCACAGCUUCAGGCCAGUAAGGCAGAGAUGAAGAAAUUACAAUCACGCCUGGAAGCCACAGAGACAUCACUCAACGAAGCCAAAGCAGACUUCGACCGCCAAAAACAGUCUUUCGAAACAGAGUUGACCCAAAAGCUAGAAGAAGAAAGAACAAGACAAAUGUCCCAAGGUCUAGGGAUCGCCAGCCCCAGCAAUGGAGCCAUGGCCUCACGAACACAGUCACCGACCAGCUAUUUCAGGAAACAACCAACACAAGACGCCUUUGGCUCGGUACAAUCACGACGAGGACUCCAACGCAUCCCCUCCCAAGAACAAACAACCACACUCUCGAUAGACCGCUCAGUAUCCCGCCGCCCAUCAACCCUCACACCAGGCAUCAAUACCUCACGCACACCAAUGACUCCCGACUUCCCUUCUCCCAGCGUCAGCAGACAAGGUUCCAUGUUCUCCCUCGCCCAACUCAUCAACGGCGGAAACGGCAUGCCUCAAACCCCAUCCAUCCACACAAACGAUGUAGACGCAGACGAUGGCUUCGACAAUCGCUCAAGCCCUCAACGCACCAUCAACGACGUAAUCAGCGCCUCUACGGUCCACACAGGCCCCAGCGUCCAACUAGUCCAACACAUGUCCUCAAAAAUCCAACGUCUAGAAGCCGAAAAAUCCGCCCACAAGGACGAAUUAGCAAGGUUGGUAUCUCAACGCGAUGAAGCCAGAGACGAAGUGGUUUCAAUGAUGCGCGAAAUUGAAACAAAGAAAAGCGUAGACGGCAAGACUGAUAAACUGGAAGGAGAGCUGGGCACGGUAAAGCAGAGGUAUGAAGCUUGUCUUGAAAUGUUGGGGGAGAAGGAAGAAGAGGUUGAGGAAUUGAGGAGUGAUCUUUUGGAGGUCAAGAAGAUGUAUCGGGAGCUUGUUGAUAGGAAUAUGAAGUAA